CACUCAUCGCCAUGGCUAUACGUAGCGCACCUGACAAAAAGAUCACGCUGAACGGCAUCUAUCAAUUCAUCAUGGACCGGUUCCCUUAUUACCACGACAACAAGCAAGGUUGGCAGAACUCUAUCCGUCAUAAUCUCAGCCUGAACGAUUGCUUCGUAAAGGUUCCCCGUGAGAAGGGGAAGCCGGGUAAAGGUAACUACUGGAGCCUGGCCGUCAACUGUGACGAAAUGUUCGAGAACGGCAACUUCCGGCGACGGAAACGGCGACCCAAGUCAGCCAACGGAGCCAAGAGUCAGGGGAGAGAAGAAUGUCAGAAAGACGAUCACACAGCAGAUUCCUCAGACCAGACAAUAAGGGAGGAAGAAGCCACUAAAGGGACACAGAAAUCAGGGCAAUCCGCAGUGAGUCCAGAUCAGGAUCACACUUUGGCACGUAUGCGACACCUGAGUGAACUCGGUGACAAGGGACCCGUGAAAAGUGACACGAGUUGUGUGGAGGUCGACAGCUGCAACAUGAUUGACCACACACAACAUGACGACCCUGACAACGACAUGAGCGCGGACAGCGACCCAGAAUGCUUUGGCGACGACCGACCGGCCGCGACAAUUCCGAGGUCGACUGGCCAAGUUCCUGUUCCUUUGACCCCGGUCCAAAGACCGCCCCUCGGAUCACCUCUUCUACCGGCCGUCAAGUCAGAAGAGCGUAAACCACGGAGUUCCUUCUCUAUCGAAAGUUUGUUGGCGACACCGACUAACGACCAUGAGCACCAAAAUCUCCUGAAUCGCAAGAGACCAUGUUCCCAAGACUCCGGCAAUGAAGAUGACAACGACGAUGACGUGUCCUACUGCAAGCGACCCUGUUAUGAGAAUUACGGACACAGCAAGCCCCGGUCACUCUCCGUGGUGACUGAUCGUCACACACAGGCGUUCCAAGUGCAAGGGAACCACGGCGGUAUCGUACCGCGAUCUACCGGGGAAAACCUCUGGCAGCGGGUUCGCUCGGCGGAAAAGGUCGGCCUCAGUCAAGAUAAGUACCUGGCAGAAACCACGCUGCGGUAUCGGACUUACUCGGCUUUAACGGGAGCAGGUCAGAGAGACAGCGGUUACCCGGCCUAUCGUUUGCCGUCAGCUGCUGCUUUGUCCCCUUCACCACAUUACCCCAGCCCCGCUACGCCAAACAGACCUUGGGCAUACAGUCCCUACAUUUCACCGCUCAUCUUAUCCCACCAACAAGCGGCAACUUCACUGGUCUCCUACCAGUAAUCACAGACUCAAAUGAACUGUAUGUUAUCUGUUUUGUUUGUGAAAACCGUUAAGGUUAAUAUCACUUUUCAAAAAAUCCCUUCCUCAAAGAAGCUUUAAACAGUGUUAAAUCUGUGUCUGUUAAAACUAAAUAUGAAUAUUCUGCGAUGAUGUGUAAUGAAUGCUGUAAAUAAUUGUAAAUUUGAAUGUGCAUUGUCAGAUCGAAUGACUAAUAUAUUUAUACGUUUGCCGUGAUAACAAUCUUACCA